UGUCCUUACGUUGGAUGCUAUCGAAGCUGACAAGAUAAUCAAUUGCCAGUGGUGGCUGUUCGCUUGCAGCACUGAAGGCGCCGCUUUCUAGACGCUUGCCACCAAAGUGAAAAGCGAGACAAUCUGCCGACUGGCAGCGCGAACGGUUUCUGAGCUGGGGGGAUUUUCCAGGGCUAGAGGCUAUCGAUGCCAGAUCACAGCGAUGGGCCAGGGGAAUGUGUCGAAACGUGGAACGGAAUUGACCGACUGAGGGCGUGACAUCAGUGACUAAGCGCCGGCCUUGGCUCUUUCUGCACUAUUCAUGGAGUGGCCGGAAGCGUUCAGCACAAACGUGGUGUUUGCUGCUAAUCUGGUGGAUUUUCGUCUUUCAUCUGCUUUGGCCCCUUCAUGGUUUACUUUGCGUCCGUUAACCGCAAAGUACUGCAACUCACCCGAAGGAUGGGGUCCAGUAUCGCCUACUCGCGACUUCGACCUCACCCCAUGCUUUGAAAUUGGCAUAAUGAUACCAUUUUGCGCCAUGCUCUUCAUUGUCGCAGGCGUUCCUAGGGUCUGGCAACUAGUUGGAAAGGCCAAGACUGGUGAGCUAAAUGAAAACUGCCGAGGCGAAAAAAGUGGACGUCUUUUAUACGGCAAACUGAGUCUCAUCCUUCUUGCUGGGCUCGCUGCGUUCGCAAGAACCAUGAUAGUUGCUGUUGUCGCGUCACCUUCUCCUUUAGUUGAUCCCGCGCUGUAUACCUCUAUUCUCGAAGUCAUCGCGUUCACGGUCGUCGUCUCGCUCACCUACCUCAAUCAUCGCUUCACUCGUCGAUCCUCUACAACCCUUCUCGUAUGCUACCCAAUCUACUUCGUUGCGUCCUUCAUAUAUCUUCGGACGCUCUUUGAAGUCCAUGCGUUGCGCCAUUCAGCGAGCAAGCUAGGACUUGUGUACCGGAACCUGGCCCUGACACAAACCAUCUUCGUCUUCGCUGCUUGGAUACUGGAAUGUGUUGGCCCAGAAAUGGACGAUGCCGUUGAGCUCACCAAGGCUAAGAAUGGCGUGAAGGAAAGUCCCUACUUAACCGCAAACUUUUACAGCCGCCUCGCAUUUCUUUGGAUGGACCCAUUAAUGAAACUUGGCUACAAGCGCUUCAUUGUUCAUGAAGAUUUGUAUGACCUUGAGCCGGAUAACUCAUCGGGACGUUUGGAAGAUAAGUUAUCGAGGGUUUGGGAGAAACAGAAAGGAACGAAGGAGAAGCCAUCUCUCUGGCGGGCGAUGGCUCUUGCCUAUGGGGGUCCGUUUGCACUUGCUGGUGUCUUGAAGGUGUUUUCGGAUCUCUUGCAAUUUGCUCAACCACAAUAUCUUCGGUUUCUCCUUUUGUUCAUUUCCGACUAUCAACGAGGCAGUGAAUCCGCGACACCCCUCCGAGGAUUCGCUCUUUGUGGAUUGAUUUUUUUCUCGGCUCUGGCACAGUCUGCCAUUCUUCAUCAGUAUUUCCAACUAUGUUUUGUUACCGGGGCGCGUGUACGCGCAGGUUUGGUGAUGACCAUUUAUCGGAAGGCGCUCAUCCUCAGUAAUGAUGAUAAAACUGCAAGGGGUGACAUUGUCAACCUCAUGAGUGUGGAUGCUACUCGAAUGCAGGACUUAUGCGCAUAUCUCCUCAUGAUACUUUCCGGACCGUUCCAGGUCAUGCUUGCCUUCAUAUCCCUCUACGACCUCUUAGGGUGGCCGUCAUUUGUCGGCGUGGCUGUAAUGCUAAUUGCUGUCCCUAUCAACGCGAAGAUGGCUCGUUUCCUUAAAACACUGCAAGAGAAACAGAUGAAGAACCGGGAUGCUAGGACCAGAAUGAUGAGUGAGGUCCUUAACAACAUCAAAAGCAUAAAAAUAUAUGGAUGGGAACGCGUAUUCGGCGACAAGAUUGCUGGGAUUCGCAAUGGUCGCGAGAUACUCAUGCUUAGGAAGAUUGGAAUUGUUAACGCGAUUAUAUCUGUCUUCUGGUCCACGGUCCCUCUCUUCGUGGCUUUAGCUUCCUUCGUCUCAGCAGCUUACGCAGGAGACAGGCCACUCACGGCUGAUAUUAUCUUCCCCUGCAUAAGUUUGUUUAUGCUGUUACAAUUCCCUCUUGGCAUGUUCGCAAUGAUUACGACCGCUGCCAUUUCGGCCUCAGUUUCGGCGUCGCGCAUGCGUCAAUUUUUGCUCGCUCCGGAACUCCAGGAAGAUGCUCGUGUGAGCCACGCCCCACCUGAAGAGAGCUCUGAUACAGUAACUCCCCAGCACCUCGCGAGUGGCGACAAGGCGGUGUCCUUCAAGGAUGGAGAGUUCAAGUGGUUGAGGGAAGCCGUGAACCCAACUCUUGAGGAUAUCAACCUAGUAGUUAACAUGGGCGAACUGGUUGGUGUCUUUGGCCGCGUUGGCUGUGGAAAGACAAGUCUACUCUCCGCCAUCGUCGGUGAGAUGAUGAAGACGGAUGGAACUGUGGAUGUCUUCGGGAGCGUUGCAUAUGCUCCGCAAAACCCUUGGAUUAUGAGUGCGACUGUUCGUGACAAUAUCACGUUCUUCCGUCGUUUCGAUCCAGACUUCUAUGAGAUUGUGUUGGAAGCAUGUGCACUCAAACCAGACCUCGCUCUCCUCCCAGACGGCGAUAUGACGGAAGUUGGCGAGAAGGGCAUUACGCUCAGUGGCGGUCAGCGUGCUCGGAUCUCGCUAGCUCGUUGCGUGUAUGCGAGGGCGGAUGUAUAUUUGCUUGACGAUGUACUUGCUGCUGUCGAUGCUCAUGUGUCUCGGCACCUAUUCGACAAAGUGAUCGGUCCUCGGGGAUUAUUAUCUCAAAAGGCUAGGAUCGUCGUGACUAACAGUGUUGCGUCCGUGAGGGAGUAUGAUAACCUGAUUCUGAUCCGACGCGGUAUUAUCCUAGAACGAGGCUCAUACGAAGUAAUCAUGCAGAAACCGGGAUCGGAACUCUGCAAGCUCAUUACGGAAUUCUCCUCCAAGGGGGGCUCUUCGAGCAAUCCCACAUCGGGCUCCGCCACUCCCAUCACUUCGGACAACGGCUCGACGCUUGCAGGGUCUUUAAGGGGCACAAAUUCCAUCUUAUCCGCGGACGGAUCCGCUGGUCUACAGUACAAACUCCAGGCAUCACUCCAAGCACGGCCGCCUAUCCUUUCCUCGGAGGAGCAACGGGAAAGAUAUGCAUCCAGUCUUUCGCUGAAGUCAACGCAGUUCGUGAAAGAGAGCAGCGAACAGGGCAAGGUUAAGGGGGCUGUUUAUGGUAAAUACCUGGAAGCUGCCUCAAAAGUAGGAGUGGCUUUGUUCGCCUUCAGUAUCUUGGCCCAGCAAGCACUUACAAUCUGGUCGAACCUCGUUCUCCGCUCCUGGGGCGAGAAAAACCGUGAGACCGGGACGAAUACAAGCCCAGGCCAUUUCCUCUUCCUCUAUAGUAUCCCGGUCCUCGCGGCGUGCGCAGCGUCCCUUCUUUCGGGGAUUUUAUUAUGGGUAUAUUGUGCUGUACGAUCGGCUCGUGCUCUCCAUGACUCGAUGCUUGGCGCCAUAUUUCGUGCACCGCUAGGAUGGUUUGAAAGAAUACCUCAGGGACGUGUGAUGAACUUGUUCACCAAAGAUGUGAAUGUUGUAGACGAGACGUUACCAAGGAUGUUCUCCCAAUUCUCCAGAACACUAGCAGCUGUGCUGGGUAUCAUUGUUGUCAUGGGCGCAAGCCUCCCUCUAUCGCUGAUUGCAGUGGUCCCAUUGGCGAUUGUUUAUCACCGAUAUAUGACUUAUUAUUUGGCGACUUCAAGAGAACUCAAGCGACUUGAUGCUGUCUCUCGUUCUCCCAUUUUUGCAUGGUUUCAGGAGAGUCUUGGAGGUUUGUCCACGAUCAGGGCUUUCCAAAUGCAGGGCAUCUUUAGGCGCGUCAACGAGUUGCGGUCGGACACAAACCUGCAAGCGUACCUUCCUUCAACUUACGUCAAUAGAUGGCUGGCAGUUCGUUUGGAAUUCCUGGGAUCUUGUGUCGUUCUUGUUGCUGCUGUACUCUCAGUCACUACUGUCGUCGUAUCCGACAAUAUAGACAGUGGCUUGGUCGGCCUCGUCUUGUCGUAUGCAAUCAGUACAACCGGAAGCCUGAACUGGGUCAUCCGUAGUGCAGGUGAUGUUGAACAGAACAUUGUUUCUGUCGAGAGGAUACUUACGUAUGUCAACGUGGAGCCUGAGGCUCCAUCCGAGAUACCUGAAACGAAGCCAGCUGAUGGUUGGCCACAAACUGGGGAAAUCCGCUUGGAAAACUACUCCAUGCGCUAUCGUACCGAGCAUGAUUUGGUGCUACGUGAUGUGAAUCUUGUUGUAAGACCUGGAGAACGGCUCGGAAUUUGUGGAAGAACGGGGGCGGGGAAGAGCAGUCUUAUCUUAGGUCUACUUCGAAUCAACGAACCCGCCUCAGGGACGAUCUAUGUAGAUGGCAUCGACAUAACCGCGAUUGGCCUUCACAAUCUCCGCUCUACUAUAAGCAUCAUCCCUCAAGAGCCUCAGCUCUUUACCGGGUCAAUACGACAGAACGUGGACGUAACAGAAACCAGCAAUGAUGAUGCCAUUUGGCGAGCUCUAGAGCAGGUUCAUCUCAAACAAACAGUGAGCUCUCUUGGUGGCUUGGAUGCUGAAGUGCGAGAAGGUGGAAGUUCUCUGAGUGCUGGGCAGCGCCAGCUCAUAUGCUUCGCUCGAGCUUUAAUUCGGAAGUCGAAGAUCUUGAUACUAGAUGAAGCGACAAGUGCUGUCGACCUUGAGAGCGAUCAGGCCAUUCAAGAUGUCCUGCGGAGUUCUUAUUUUGAGGGUGUUACGAGAUUGACUGUAGCCCACCGCUUGCAUACCAUCAUAGAGUCGGAUAGAAUCCUAGUCUUGGAUGCUGGAAAAGUCGCCGAAUUGGAUACACCCCAAAAAUUGCUAUCUAUCCCGGGAUCUAUCUUCGCUUCAUUAGCUGCUGAAGCGGGUAUUUCAUGAAAUGAUUUAGGGUUAGCAUUCUCGAAGACAAUUAUCAAAUGCUCUCUGCCUUAAAUAUGGGGUUGAGAAUCGGGAGGGCUUAUUGUAUUUCGCUUUUAAAUACAAUGACGGAAUAAGUCUAUCACCAAUGUGUUAGAAUCGCCCUCCG